CAAAUGUAAACAGUUCCUCGGAAACCAUGUUGCUGAAAGGUCAGAAAGCCACGAGCUUAUAUUUAAUUGCCUGUUGCCUAUUCUUUGGCUUAUGCCAUAUAUCGGCAGCUGUUGUCCGAUCCAUCGCGGAUGGACGUGUUGUGGGUGGCGUUGCGGCCCCAGUGAAUAGCGCUCCCUAUGCGGUGUCCAUGCAGUAUCAAGGCACUCACUACUGCGCUGCCAGCAUCUUGAAUGCCAACUGGUUGGUUACGGCUGCUCACUGCUUGACUAAUCGCGCCCAGGUCCUUGGUAGUAUUUUGGUGGCUGGUAGCAAUGCGGUGCAAGGAACUGCCUCAACUACACAGAAGCGGAGCAUUACCUACUUUGUCAUCAACGAUCUGUAUACGGGCGGAGCGGUGCCUUAUGAUAUUGGCCUGGUUUAUACGCCUACUGCCUUUACCUGGACCUCUGCUGUCCGACCUGUAAAUCUUCCCAGCUCCGGAGUAGUACCAACUGGCACUGCAAAUCUUUAUGGCUGGGGAAGCACCUCGAAGACAAGUUCACCCACGUAUCCAAGCGUUUUGCAAGUGGCAGCAAAUAUUCCUAUUAUACCCAUCGCGUCCUGCGAAAUAGCUUUGGGUAAGGAUGUGCAUAGUACUAAUAUAUGCACGGGUCCUUUGACAGGAGGAGUUAGCAUUUGCACCUCGGAUUCGGGUGGUCCUUUGGUGCAAGGAAAUGUGUUGAUUGGCAUUGUGUCUUGGGGCAAAAUGCCAUGUGGACAGGCCAAUUCACCAUCUGUCUACGUUCAGGUGUCUUCGUUUAUAUCCUGGAUUUCCGCAAAUCAAAAAGUGCAAUAAGCCAUAUAUUUGUAUAUACUAAACAAAAAUAAAUACAUGCAAGUUACAGUA